AUGAAACAACACAACAACAAAAACAUCAUCAAAUCAAGAUCUUCUCCCUAUCUCUAUUACAUUCCCAUCACAUGUUUGGUUCAAACAAAUCAUAACAACAAUAACAACAACACUCAUCAUCGAACAACCACAUUCACAGAUUCUUCUUCCUCUCCGACUGUUUCAAGUUCUUCUUCUUGUACAUCAUCACUUGGAUUAUUACAGAAAUCUUCGAAAUGUUCGACAAGUUCUUCUCGACAGGAUGACGCCAUGAUGAAAAGUGUUGAUCCACACAUGGAUGGAUUGUCGCCAAAGAAAAAUGUAUCAACAAUAACAACAAUCUCACCUACUACUGUUGCGAAUUGUGAAACAAAUGAAUGGUCAUUGGCAACAAGUGACACGAAUUUGAGUUCUCGCGAUGGAAAAUCUUCGAAUGCUUCAAAUUCUUCGACGGAAGAUUCGACUUCCACACCGACGAGUAAUAUUGCCAUAAGAAUAUUUAAAGAUGUUGUGAAACAAGAUUCGAAAAGAAAGAAGGGAGAGAGUUCAUCUCCGACGACCGAAUUGAUGUGGAAUUCCAAAAAUGGUAAAACGAAAGGCGGCAUUAAGGAAAUUCGGAAUUCAUUUUUUGAUUUUUUGAGACAAGUCAAAAUUUCUGUCACACGUGAAUAUGGUUUAGCCAUGAUUCAGAAAAUGCACUUUUUAGAUGUGUUCUAUGAUGUCAAAAAACAACGAGUUCGAAUAUUUGAAACGUUAAAGCAGCUCAUGAAGGUGUGUGAAAUAUAUUUGGAAAUGUUAGUGAAACCCUUAAUGGAUGAAGAAGGAGAGGAAAAACGAAUACAGACAUCCAUACAUACAGAUGAGGAAGAAGUUUUAUCAAAGAAUCAUGAUUCAAUGAAUGAUGAACAAUUUUCAGAAAAAGCAACGACGGACUGUCCAUUUCCUUUUUUGUUAAAUUUUAAGAAGUGUAUCGAAAAGGAAUAUAAGAAUUUGAUUCCUAUUUUGAGUACACAUGAAUCUUUGGUGCAAUGGUUGAGAGAUAUGUGUGACUUGGCUAUAGAAAUGCGUCAAGAAAAACUCUUGAAAAAACAGAAAGAUCAAUCAGCACAAUCAGACCUGUCGACAAGUGACAGCAGUCCACCUUCACUCUCCACAGAACCUUCUGAAUCUUCUGCUCCACUGUCCACAUUUUCAACAGAUUCGAGCAAUUCCAUUCAAGAUCAUCAUCAUGACUUCAUCAUUGAAAAUUCACAAUUGCUACAAGAAAUUCCAGGACAAAUCGGACUCAAACGUCUUGUCUUUAUGUUUGAAAAAGAAUUGGAAGAUAAUUUUUCCUAUUUCCAAAAACAACAUGAAAAAUAUGUGAAAAAGUGGCUCGAGUUGAGUGUGAAAGAUUUUCCUUCGUACAUGAUUGAAAUUCUUCACAAAAAAAGAAAACAAUUUCUUUAUUAUCAUGCAUUCAAAAUGAAUGAAGAAGAUUUAAAUUUGAAAACUAUUGUGGACUCUGAUUUUGGUUUUGUGGAAUAUUUGUGUGAUCAUACAGAGGAUUGGAAAGUUUUGAUUGGAGAACCUCGAGUGGUGGUUUACAAAUCGAAGGAAAAUUAUUCAUGCAUUCCAAAUAUGAAAUUGCAAAAAUCAACCAUUCAUCUCAAUUAUUCGAUUGAAAAAGUUGCAAAAGCAGCUCUUAAUAAUGAAAUUGAGGGUCAAAAACAAGGAAUGUUUGAAAGUAUGGAAUAUCAUCACUAUACACCACUCGAUCGAAAUAUUUCCUCUCGAAAAUACUCAACGGUCAUUCAGACUUGCAUCAUGAAUUAUGGAGCCAUCUUUAAGAAGAGAUCUCUUGAAAAUGUCAUUUCCACAAAAGCACGCUUUUUCGGUGAUCAAUUGAUGGAAGUGACCUAUCUCUACAAGACGUGUUCGUAUGUGAAUCCGAAAAAUGAACAAGCAGAUUCUCCUGUUAAAGUAGUUGUGUUUGGAGGAAAACAAUAUAUUCGAGAGGAUGUGAAUCGAACUCGAGUAGUGGAUGUUCGAUUAUUUAAUAUUGGGGGUUUUAUGAAUCAUGAUUUGGUCGUUCAUAAAUUGGCCAUCAAGAAAGUCACACAAGAUUUUGUCGAUUAUUAUAUCACGAAAAUGAAAGAUGCUGAAAAGAAUGGACAUACAGCACCAGAUCCAAAGGAACAACAUGUGUGGAGAACAUUUUCUGAAUAUUGUCAAGCACAUUAUGAUAUUGAUGUGAAUAAGUGGUAG